AAGAGUCCUGUGAGACCCAAACUUGCAGAGCUUAAUUCUCUAGAACUGGCUCAAAGAUGGCGUGCAGGAAGACCUUCACCCUCACCUUCGUGGUUGUCGUGCUCAUCAUCGUUCCAUUGGUGCAUGGUACGAAGUUCAAGGACGUGUUCAUGAAGAAGUGUUUGGAGUUCAAAGAGACACGUGACAGGUGUGAAUCCGUCUGGGGUACCUUUGAGAGAGCCUACGUAGGGAAGGACAAAUGUACGGUGACUCCGGAAAACUACAUUCCACUCAUGGAUGAAGUCCCCUCCACACAUGCAUGUGGCAAGACGAUGCUCUGGAGCAAAACCAAUGAAGUGGUACACAAGUUCGCUGGGAAUGGAGAGUGCUUCAUCACCAUGAGACACACCUUACUGGGCUACGUGCUCAAUGAUCUGAGCUGGUGUGGGAAGAAGAACAGCUUGGAGACUUUCACUGAGCACUGCUGGGACUGUGAGCCAAACCCUGUGAGUUCCUUUUGGACAUUAGCCUCCACCAGGUUUGCACAACACGCCUGUGAUGUCGUCACAGUGAUGCUUGACGGGAUGCUACCAGAACCAUACGAUCCAGAGAGUUUUCUUGGACGUUAUGAGAUUCCAAAUCUGAACUCACCCAAAGUGAAGAAAGUUGCUGUGAUUCUGGCCAUUGACAGGAAUGAGAAUCAGUGCAACAAGGCGUCACUUAAGAACCUGAAGAACUUCCUCAAAGGAAAAAAGAUUGACUACGCUUGCGAGGAAGCGCUGAAGACGGACCUCGCCAAGUGCAAGAAUGGAAAUCGUCCUGGUGGACACAAGUGCCAGUGUGUGAUCGUGUAACAGCUCUACAUGAUCUCAGCUGUUACAGCACAAUAAAAGCAUGACGCUUUAAUCUGGCAUGAUUUAAUAAAGACCAAA